AUGUCAGUUCCUCUAACUGCUCCGUCGUUCGAUGAUAUUCGUGCAGCAGAAUCCUGUUUGAAGAAUAUUAUUAUUCGUACUCCAUUACUUAAACUUAAUUAUGAUAUGCCUGGAAUAGAAAUCUAUCUAAAAUGUGAACAAUUUCAAUUGACAUCAUCAUUCAAAGUACGUGGUGCAAGCAAUAUUGUUAAAAUGUUAACGGCAAAAGAAAAAGAAAAUGGAAUUGUUACAGCGUCUUCUGGUAAUAUGGCACAAGGUUUAUCUUGGAUUGCCAGAGAAGAAAAUAUUAAAUGUAAAAUUUUAGUACCUGACACAACAAAUGAAGUAAAAUUAAAAGCUAUUGAACGACUUGGAGGUGAAAUUACUAAAUGUUCUUUCGAUGAAUGGUUUCAAGUAAUUAUAAACGGUCAGUGUCCAAUGUUAGAUGGUUAUUUCAUUCAUCCUGUACGUAAUCGGCAUGUUAUGGCUGGACAUGGAACUAUUGCACUGGAAAUAUUAGAUGAAUUACCCGAAUGUGAUGCAAUAUUUGUUCCAUAUGGUGGUGGUGGAUUAAUAACUGGUAUUGUAUCUGCAGUGAAACAUUUGAAAGAAUCUGUUGAUAUUUUUGCUUGUGAAGCUGAAACAGCUGCACCUCUCUCUGCUGCUUUAAAUGCUAAUGAGAUCGUUAAAAUUCCAAUUAAAAAAUCAUGGAUUGAUGCCAUUGGACAUGCAAAUGUGAUGAAAGAAAUGUGGCCAUUAGUCAAGGAUUCUAUCGAUGGUUCAAUUGUAGUUACCUUGAAAGAAACAGCUGAUGCAUUGAAAUUAUUAAUUGAGAGAAAUCAUUUAAUAUGUGAAGGAGCGAGUGCAACUGCAUUGGCAGCCAUAUUAUGGCAUUACCAAAGAUUAUUAGAAAAUAAUAAAGCUGGACUAAGAAGAAAACCAGGAGAUGAACCUAUCAAAGUUGUAGCAAUACUAACUGGUGCAGGAAUUGAUAAUACAACAAUUAUCAAAUGUCUAAAUGGAACUUUAUAA